UGACCAGGAGAAUAUAAAGGUAAAGAAUAGUAUUUGGACCAGAGAUUUUGUAAACUGUUGGUAUCUUAUAUUAUUAGUGAGUUUGUGACUGAUUGGAGAUUGAACUAUGAAGUUGGCAAUUGCAGUUUGUUUUGUUAUUCUUGUUGCUGCUUACGCUGAAGGGGACUGGUCUGAAAACUGUUACUUUGGUUCAAGUCUGUGCAAUGCUGACACAGGUUGCUCAUAUGGCUGCUGGAAGAAUGUUUGCUGGAGCCAGUGCAACGGAAUUUGCUCGAUAGCUGAUAUCAUUGAGCAGAUGAAGAAGAAAGAUGAGAUUCAUGAUGGACAUGACAUCAUUGACAAGCUCACUCCAGAUUCAUCAACCUGUGCCAAGUGUGCUGAAUGGUGUUACCUUGACGACGGAGAAGGUAACUACAACCCCUGUAACAGUAACUCUGACUGUGAUGCAGUCAAACUGCACCAGUGUGUUACUCAUUGUGCUGUUAUCUAAGAAGGGAGAUAAGAGAUGAGAUAAGAGAUGAGAUAAGAAGUUACACUUCUGCUGGAUUACGGGGAUUUGAUAUGGUGAUGUUUUGGAUGCUUCUUAUUUUAUAAUCUGUGAUCAUCUGAGUCUGUUUGGUUUA